CUCGGUGACGUUGACUAAAUUUAAUUCUACAUGUUCUAAUCUUAUUAUUAUAUAUAUAUUUUAUUUUAAUAUUAGCAAUAAAUUUAGGUGAUAGUAAUUUAUUUAAAAAAUUAAUAAUGUGGGCGGAUACGGUAUUAAUUGUAUUUAUAAGUGUCUGCACAGCUUUGCUAGGAGAAGGGUUGACGUGGCUCAUGGUGUACAGAACUGAAAAGUAUCAAAAACUUAAAACUGAAGUUGAAAAACAGAGCAAAAAACUGGAAAAGCGUAAAGAAGCACAUGGAGAUUCACUGGACAAACAGCAGAAGAAAAAAAUAGAAAGAGAAGAAGAGAGAUUAAAAAAUAAUAAUCGUGAUCUGUCACUAGUUAAAAUGAAAUCAAUGUUUGCUAUUGGGUUUGCAUUUACGGCAUUGCUUAGUAUGUUCAAUAGUAUAUUUGAUGGUAAAGUUGUUGCCAAAUUGCCAUUCGUUCCCAUCACAUGGAUCCAAGGAUUGUCGCAUAGAAAUUUACCUGGAGAUGAUUUCACAGAGUGCUCAUUUAUUUUUUUGUAUAUUUUAUGUACUAUGAGCAUCAGACAGAAUAUUCAAAAGUUACUUGGGUUCGCGCCAUCAAGAACGGCCAGCAAACAAAGCGGAAGUAUUUUCGGGCCACCACCUCAACAAUUCAAAUAAAAAUUUUAAAAAAUGAACAAUCAGAACAAAAAUCCUUGUGAGAUAAUUCCCGUAAAUAAUUUUUUAAGUAAAAUAAAUUUAUGAAAUAUUAA